AUGGAAAACUCUCAUCAUCCCCUAUCUGAAAAUCAGAUUCAUUUCUUUCAGGAACGUGGAUACCUCCUCAUUCCUGGUUUUCUGACUGCCCCAGAAACAAACCAUCUCCAAGAAUGGGCACAAGAAGUGCAUGAUCUUCCUCGAACGGCAGAUGCGCCGUGGAUGCCAUAUGAGGAAGUCAAUUCUCAAGGAAAGCGAGUCCUCUGUAGGACAGAGAACUUCGUCAACAGCCAUAAUGGCUUCCAGAGCUUUCUUCGGGGUCAGCGCAUUCUGAGCGUGCUCGAGCAAUUGGCAUCAGAGGAAAUGCUCUUGUUCAAAGAAAAAAUCAACUACAAAUUUGCCGGUAGCGGUGGCUUUGAUCCUCACAUCGACGCAAACGCAUACACCCACGUCAAAGACAUCAAACAUCUCACAGUCCUGGCAGCUGUGGAUGAAAUGACCUCCUCGAACGGUGGUUUGGAUGUCGUCGACGGAAGCCAUCUCAUGAACAUCCCGUUGGGCAGUGAUCGAUGCAUUGAUCCUUCCUGGGUGAACAGCCAGAAAUGGACAUCCUGUGAUUUGCAGCCAGGCGACAUCCUCAUCUUUGGCUCCUAUCUCGCACACAGAAGUGGAACAAACACAAGCUCGAAAGACCGCCGUGCUAUCUACGCUACGUAUAACCGUAAGGCAGAAGGAGAUCUUCAUGAUCAGUAUUAUGAGGAUAGACGGAAUCUAUGGCCCGCUACGCAUAUGCGCAAGGAGGGCGUGUCAUAUGAGGAGGGGCGAAUGCGGUAUGCUUUUGGGUCGCCGAUGUUAAGUGUGGACCAGAAAGGAGUAGCCGUGUAA